AUGGCCAGCGCCAGCUCCGGCUGGCUGGCAUCACCACCACCGCAGGUGCUGCCAGCCGGUCCGAAGCAAAUCAUGUCCCUGCGCAUGCGGGACAGCCCCAAGAAGCAGGCAAGAAACGUGAGUUUAGACAAGUUGCACGGCUCCACGGAGCAGCGCCGGGCUCCGGGAAGGCAGGCAGGGGCCGCGGGCGCAUCCCUGCUGUCCGGCUCAGCGCCCGCGAGGGCGCUACUCUGCCGGGCUGGCCUCCUUGUGACUGUGUCUGCCGUGUGCCAGGGGGCGGAGGAUGAUGGCGAACGGCGGCAUCAGCAGCUCCUGGAGGCAGUUAGCUCCCUCUCCGGACAGAAGCGGCGGAAGCUGGCAGAGCGUACAGAGGCAAGUGUGCAGGUGUCAGAGUUCAAUGUCAGCUGCAAAGGUGCUGGGGAGAAGCUGGUUCUGUCUGAACUGCUGCAGCCUAUCAAGGCCAAAUCUGCCCUGAGCAGUGUGAAGAAAGAGCUGAACAAAGUGAAGCAGAAAAAGGCGGUGGAGCUACCACUUAGCAAAGAGGAGGCAGAACGGGUCGUGAGAGAAGCAGCCUAUGUAAGGACCUCUAAAGAUGUUGGCAAAUGGCAGCAGGUGGUUUUGCAGAACCGACGAGCAGAGCAGCUGACUUUUCCCAUGAAGCAGGAGCUCGUGGCAGUUGCACCCCUGGAGCAAGUGGUUUCGGCUUGGAAGGCCCGGACUCCCCUAGAGCAGGAGAUCUUUGGGCUGCUACACAAAACACAGCAGCCCAUCACAGACCCGCUACUGACGCCACAGGAGAAAGCCUCGCUGCAAGCAAUGAGUUUGGAGGAGGCUCGGCAGCGGCGAGCAGAGCUGCAGAAGGCUCGGGUCCUGCAGUCCUACUACGAAGCCAAGGCUCGUCGAGAGAAGAAGAUCAAGAGCAAGAAGUACCAUCGAGUGCUGAAAAAGAGCAAGAGACGCAAGGCCUUGAAGGAGUUUGAGCUGCUGCGGAAUGCGGACCCCGAGGCUGCCUUGGCAAAGCUGGAAGAGCUGGAGCAACUCAGGAUGGAGGAGCGAAUGAGCCUCAAGCACCAGAACAAAGGGAAAUGGGCCCGCUCCAGGGCCAUUAUGGCUAAGUAUGACCUGGAGGCCCGCAAAGCCAUGCAGGAGCAGCUGGCCAAGAACAAGGAGCUGAUGCAGAAAGUGCAGGUGGAGCUGCCCGAGGAGGAGCCGGGCGACGUGCCUGCAGAGGACCUUGUGGCAGAGUCUGUCCCCACUGUCCCCAUGGACGCCAGCGGAGCUAAUCCCUGGAUGUUGGGCAAGCCCAGCGGCCCAGCCAAGGAGCCUGAGGUGCAGGAGGAUCUUGGAGAUGUUACAGAGCCUGCUGUUGCAGAGAGCAAGGAUAUGUCAGAGGAGGAGAUGUCGGAGGAAGAAGCCUUGCUACAAGACUUUGAGCAGAAACGGCACAUACGGCGACAGCAGGCAGCGAGCCCUGAACUGCAAGGUGCUGAUAAGGCAGAGAUGGUGUCUGAGCUGCCAGAGGAUAUCUCCGUCCACCCCAUCUGCCCUGAAGAGCAGGUGAGCAUGGGGAUUGAUCAGCCUUCCCCGGCGCAGCAGGAAGUCUUACUGUUAGAGCAGCCGAGCCGCGUGCAGACGAUGGAGGAUGUUGAGGCUUUUGCUUCAGAGGAGUGUGCAGAAGAGCAAGAAAUACCAGUGGCCGCAGGAGCGGAGAAGAGAGUGCACCAGCAGCAAGAAGGCAGAGCUGAGGAUAGACAGGCCAAGAAACGAAAGGCUAAGAAGAGGAGGAUCAUCAGCUUGCAGGCUGUGCUGGCUGGAAAGUCCCAGGAGAUCCAGUGCCCCAGCCUGCCUGUGGCCGUGGAGGAAGAGGAGGGUGGCAUCGACCAGAGAGGGGUGAUCACAGAGGCCUUUGCAGGGGACGACGUGGUUGCUGACUUCCGCCGGGAGAAACGCAAGGCAGAGCAGGCUGGGAAGCCGCAGCCAGUGAACUUGGUGCUGCCAGGCUGGGGCGAGUGGGGAGGCACGGGACUGAGGCCCAGCAAAAAGAAAAUGAAGGGGUUCCUGCUCAAGCCGCCCACGGCACCUCCCAGGAAAGACCAGCAUUUGCCCCAUGUCAUCAUGAGUGAGCAGCGCAACAUCCACGCAGCAGCACAUCAGGUCAGCGAGCUGCCUUUCCCAUUUGAGAAGCACCAGCAGUUUGAGCGGAGCAUCCGGACACCUGUGGGCAGCAUGUGGAACACGCAGAGGGCUUUCCAAAAGCUGACUGCCCCGCGCAUUGUCACCCGAGCAGGCCACAUCAUCCAGCCCAUCUCUGCUGAGAAUGUCCCCUCUCUGGCCACAACAGCCAGCAGCAGAGCCAAGGCAGCACUAGAACUUGUGCCCAAGCAGAGACAACAACCCUCCCGCCACCCUCAACUGCCCGGGACAGCACGAUAGCUCUGUUCCUCUAUGUGCCUGAUUGGGGAGCAGGGUGAGGGGCUGGUGCAGUGACAGGGCUGUUGCUCUGCUGCAGCGCAGCUCCCUGUCAUGUCCACAGUUCACUAACACUUGCUCCAUAGUACAAUGCCUCA